AUGAGCACAGAGCAAAGAAAACGAUGUGAGAAAAUCUCUCCCGACUGUCCCCUCGAGGACACCAUCUACGGCUAUGUCCCCAACAUGGGCGGCAACGCAUUUUUCGGCGUCGUCUUUGGUAUCUGUACCCUCGUCCAAGUCUACUUCCUCAUCCGCUACUGGCGUCUCUGGAAAGGCUUCACCAUCCUCGUCCUCAUUGGCAGUCUGCUUGAAUGCUGCGGUUACGCCGGCCGAAUUCUCAUGUCCAAGAACCCAUGGGACGGUGCAGCUACAUCAAUCCAGUUUGUCCUUCUCAUGGUCGGCCCAUCGUUCCUCGCUGCAGCACUCUACAUGACGCUUCGAGCCUUGGUGCAGUACUUUGGAGAGCAGUAUACCAAACUUCCAGCGAGGCUUUGGACAUGGCCGUUCGUUACUGCUGAUAUGCUGGGGUUCUUCUCCCAGUGUGUUGGUGGUGUUAUGGCGUCGAUGACGGAGAAGUAUCCGUCUCUUGGAACUGUUGGUAGGGUAAUCAUGGUGUUUGGCGUGACAUUUCAGGCUGUCGUCAUGGCCAUUGCUGGCAUUCUUGCUGCUGACUUUGCUUUCCGUAUGCGUCGAGAACGUGGAAGUGUCUUUCGACAUCUGGACAAAGACCUCAACAUAUUUCUCAUCUCUCUGACGGUUGUAUUCUUUCUCGUUCUCACUCGUUGUAUCUACCGCAUUCCCGAGUUGGCUGGCGGCGUCGGUGGACACAUGAUGCGACAAGAGGUCGAGUUCAUGAUUCUUGAUGGCUGCAUGAUCGCCAUUUCCGUCAUUCUGCUCUCCGUCAUCCAUCCCGGUAUCUACGCCACUGCUAUCCAUGGCCGUGCCGACCAUCGAUCCAAGUCAGUCAGACUGAUGGAUCUUGAAUCAAGCGCAUCUCGAGAUGGUCCUGGUAGAAUACCUGCAGGUAGAUCACAGAGAGGACAUUCCAGUAGAUCACACAGAUCGCCUUCAAACAGAUCACGUAGAUCACCGUCAGGCCGAUACGAACCUCGACGAAAGCAUCGACGUGAGCCUUCAGACUACUGA